AUGUUAGACAUAGAAGCAUUCAAGUGGUUUAGUGAAAAUUUGAAAAAAAUUGAUGGUCCCCCUCUACACACAUUAAUCACUGGAGACAGUAUAGUUUUACCUAGCCCACCAAUUGUCGAGUCGAGUCCAGAGUACAAAGAAAAGAUGCGAAAAUUGGAGCAACGUCUAAAGAAUAAAGAAUAUGAUGCUAUGACAAAAAAUGUAGAUUUUCGGAGAGUUAGACUACCCGAAGAUACAAUUUCUUAUCAAAUUAAACAAAUCAAUAGACAGUUGAUAGCAGUCCUUCAAUUUGUGAUUUCAACAGCUGCUGGUUUUUUAUUCGGAUUUUUGGGUAUUGAGUUAAUGCUAAGUACAACCUUUGAUUUAGGUUUUAAGUUAUUGUUGGGAAUCAUAUGUGCUCUAAUUAUAGCAUUAGCUGAAAUUUACUUUUUAGCCAAAAAAUUAUCUGAAGAUUUUGAGCCAUUAGAUACAACUGGUGGCAAAGUGCAUCAAGAUUAA